AUUGUUAUUGUUCGUAGUAUUUUAUGUUAUUGUUUCUUUCGUUGUUUUUUUUCACCAAAAUAAGGUUACUAUUUGCCAUGAUUUUAUAUAGUCGGUGACAGUAAAAAUUUGUUUAGUGCCAUUGUUUUUAUAUUACUUUAAUGGGCUGUGCUGUGUCUUGUGUGACACGAACGAAAAUGUUGUUGUUCGGUAAACAUUCUAAUAACACUACCGAGUCUCGAGCUAAAUUAGAAAGGAAACUGUAUCUUGCGAAGGAAUCUCCGGAGCCCGAUUUUGAUUUAUCAGAUUGUGAACUUCGGCAUGUUCCGUCCGGUAUAUAUUCAAUAUGCAAAGUGUACAGGAAGGACCAUUUAUAUUUACAUUGUAAUAGUUUACAUUCUCUAGAAGAUGGCGGUCAAUUAUCAGAUUUAUAUGGGCUCAAAGUAUUAAAUAUAAGUUCUAAUAAUUUUACACAAUUAUCUAGUGAUAUAAAAUAUUUGGUCAACUUGACUGAGCUGUAUAUACAAGAAAACAAUUUAAAGACUCUUCCUGAUAGUAUAGAGUUUCUUCAAAGUUUACAAAUUUUGAAUGUUUCUAAAAAUAGAUUGAAAACAUUGACUCCUUCAUUAGGUAAGUUAAAAGCACUCAGAAACUUAGAUAUAACUAAAAAUAAUGAAUUGAAAGAAUUGUGUUCAGAGUUGUGCUUUGCUACAAAUAUAAUAUCUAUAAAACUGGACAGCGAACAGUUUAUUUUCCCUCCGACUGAAGUUGCUGUACUAGAGACAUCUGAAAUAAUGGCUUAUCUCUGUAAACACAUGAAUGUUGAUUAUAUACCUCCUUUGUCAUUGCAAUCUGAAAUAAUAUCUGUUCAAUCCCCAAGUUAUGUAUAUGAUCCUUUCUUAAAAUACAAUACCACUACUUGGGAGGAGGAAGAAGCUGCUAAAAUAGAACAAGAAAAUAAAUUCCAUGAGGCUGCCAAACAACAAAGAGAAAAAUUUCUAAUAAAAAUAUUACAAGACCAACAGGAACUAGACUCUGAAAUUGCUAGAAUUCAUGAGGCCAAGGACCAAGAAAGGCAAAAGCUUUUGAAAGCAAUUCAGGAUGAUGAAAGAGAAGUUGAAUGUUUGGUAACCAACUUUAUACAAUCAGAUCUUUUGAAACCAGAGAUUUUGCAGCAACAAUUAAUACAUGAGCAAGCAGAACAUGACCGAUUACUUGAAAUUGCUCGUCAGAAUUAUGAUAAUAUAAGAAAAGCUGAUGUUUUAAAGGCCAUGGAGGCUCUUAUUGAAGAAGACUAUUCAAUUAAACAUUCCAAGAAACAUUAUGAAGAUAGUGUGAAUGAUAUGAAGCAAAGUAUACUUGUGCAAGAAAUGGAAGGUGCUGUUAAAAUGGAGGAGUUACUCAAUGCUAAAGAUCAGUCGCGUACUGUAUUAGUGCAACAGUUGUUAGAGGAUGAAGAUAUUCAGAAAGCAUUAGUUGCUUCUCUCAUUGAGAGAGUUGAUGCAAGAAGUUGGAGCCUAAAUCAAGAAAUUGGGUUAAUCUCCUUACAUCUUGCCAGACUGAGUGUUAUUGAACAAGAAAAGAAAAAGUUACAAAUUUCUUGUAAUUAUAAUGAGCUACUCCAACAAAGAAUGCAAUUAGUAUUUUUAUUAGAUGAUCUGAUGGAACAGCGCAAUAAGAGAAGAAAACAACUUAUUGACACAUUGAAAGAAAUGGAGAAUCAACAUGCAACAACAACAGAUUUUUGGUUGAAAAAUUAUCAAAAACUAAUAGACUCUGCUCCAAAGAAUUUGUUAGAAAUUGGUAAGCAAUUGGAUCCUGUUCUUGCUAAUUAUCUACUGCAGGAGGGUGUAAUGCACUGCUUACCAUUUCUAGUAAAGUUUUUAUUUUCGGAUAAACCUUUACUGAAGAUUUCAUUAGAUGAUUUAAAAGAAAAUGGGGUUUCACUGUCUUCUGACAGAAAGGCAAUAUUGAGAGCAAUAAAUUACUAUGUAAUUGCUAAGUCACAGGUUCAUACCUUUGAUGAUUCUACUGAUAAAGCACCAAGUGCACCUACAGAGGAAGAUAUGGAACAAAACUGCACUGGUGUUGUUACUAGCAGUGAAACUGAGGAUUCAGUAUUAGAAUCUGAAUGUGUCAUCUGUAUGGAUGCUAAAUGUGAAGUAAUAUUCAUUCCUUGUGGGCACAUGUGCUGUUGUCAAUCAUGUAUCGAGGGUGAGAAGAAAGUCGAAAGUUGUCCACUGUGUAGAGACAGCAUAGAAAGGAUCAUUAAGGUCCGAGUAGCAUGAUUGUCAAACAAAUUGUAAUAUGAGAAUUCAAGGCUGGAGAUUUCUACAGAGUGGGCACACAACAAGAAGUUAACAAAAUCAACCCAAAAUUUAUGUAGGUACCACAGACAUAAAUUUGACAAUGUGCUGUAUAUACUGUGUGUAUACAAAUCAAGAAUGGUAUUCCUUUUAAUCAUUGCGUCUAACUAUUUUAGCUAUACUGGCUGUUUUGUCCUUUUCAUUUAAACUGUUUU